CGAAAUUCAAAAAGCACGCUUCCCGAAAAACGGAAGCGGGAAGAUGACGAGUCCAAAAAUCACAUUUUAAAAAUAAUCACUAUCUCAUUCUUCCCCCCACCCUCUCUCUCUCUAAGUUCCUCACAACUCCUCCGUACGGGUAGGGCACUCCGCGACGGCCCUCUUCCGCUGCUGCAGAUAUCCACCGCUUCCGCCAUGGAUGCCAGAAGAAGGAGCUCCAGAAUCGAGUUGCUGGAGAAGAAAGUUGCCUCAGUGAAAGUUUCCCAGAGUGGAAACAGAGGCGUCAAAAAGAGAAGAAGAACCGAGUCACCCGCUCCAGCGAAGGAGAUUUCGUCCAAUUCGGACGGCAGAACUUCUCAGAAAUCGGUCACAGAAACUAUUCGCCGCUUCAACACGCUCUAUUUGCAAGCUGUUCAGGAGGAAGAAACCAGGUUGAAGAAGGAAAAACCAAAGAAAGUGGCUGGAGAGGAUGAGAAAAAAAAAUCUUUCAGGCCAGAUCUGAAAGCAUUAUCCCAGAUGAAAGAAAACAAUGAGACAAUCGAGACUCCAAACUCCUUCGGUGAUAUACCAGGGGUUGAAGUUGGACAUCAAUUUUUUUCAAGAUGUGAGAUGGCUGUUAUUGGAUUCCAUAACCAUUGGCUCAAUGGAAUUGAUUAUGUUGGGAAUUCAAAAGCAAAGGACUUUAAAGGGUACACACUGCCGCUGACAAGAUCCAUUGUACUAUCUGGCCAAUAUGAAGACGAUCAAGAUAACUACGAUGAAGUUGUCUACACAGGCCAAGGAGGAAAUGACUUACUUGGCAAUAAGCAUCAAAUCAAAGACCAAGUCAUGCUGCGGGGUAACCUUGGCCUGAAGAACUGUGUUGCGCAAGGUGUGCCCGUCCGAGUAACUCGUGGACAUAAAUGUGAGAGUAGUUAUGUGGGAAAGGUUUAUACAUAUGACGGUUUGUAUAAGGUUGUAAAUUAUUGGGCUGAAAAAGGCGUUUCUGGAUUUACUGUCUAUAAGUUUCGCCUUAAACGUAUUGAAGGACAACCUCCACUGACAACAAACCAGGUUCACUUUGUUCGAGGUGGUGCUCCAAGUUCUAUCUCUGAUAUAAGAGGGUUGGUGUGUGAUGAUAUUUCAGGGGGUCUUGAGAAGAUCCCCAUUCCUGCCACAAAUCUUGUUGAUAAAGAGCCUAUUCCACCUCCAGGCUUUACUUAUCUGAAGGAGAUGAGAUGGCCAAAGGAUAUAAAAGUUCCUUCAUCUGGACCGGGUUGCAAUUGUCGCGGUUCAUGUUUUGACUCCAAAACCUGUUCUUGUGCAAGAUUAAAUGGUUCGGACUUUCCAUAUGUUAGCAUUGAUGGUGGCAGGCUCAUUGAACCAAAAGCGGUUGUUUUUGAGUGUGGUCCAAGUUGUGGCUGCGGUCCAAAAUGCGUCAAUCGCACAUCUCAAAGUGGGCUUCGAUUUCGGCUCGAGGUAUUCCGUACACCUAACAAAGGGUGGGGUGUAAGGUCUUGGGAUUAUAUCCCUUCAGGGGCACCUAUUUGCGAGUAUAUUGGUAGACUGAUGAAGACAGACCAAGUUGAUCCCAAGACCGAUACCAGCUACGUAUUCGAUAUUGAUUGCUUGCAGACCAUGAAGGGUUUAGAUGGUAGAGAGAGCCGGUUGGGAGAGGUGACAUUGCCUGACCACAUGGAGAGUGGCAGCGAGAAAGCCUCCGCACCCGAGUUUUGUAUCGACGGGUUUUCUUGUGGCAAUGUCUCUAGAUUUAUCAAUCAUAGUUGCCAACCCAAUCUCUUUGUGCAAUGUGUGUUAAGCAACCAUCAUGAUAUCAAGCUUGCACGAGUUGUUCUUGUAGCAGCGGAUAACAUUCCUCCACUACAGGAGCUCUCAUAUGACUAUGGCUAUGAGCUAAAUAGCGUUACAGAUGCUGAUGGAAAGAUCAAAAGGCUCAAUUGCUAUUGUGGUGCAGCAGCGUGCCGGAAGCGCUUAUACUAGGGUUAAAAUCUGCCUUCAUUAAAUCAACUCGAUUUUUGAUGGUCAAUUUUUUUGUUCAAUCUACAUUGUAAGUUUUUUUUUAUUUUAUGUUGGCGUUUCUUUUAGUUAAUACACUCUUAAAGUGAGAAGGGCAAGAUGAAGGGGGUCCUG